AUGGCCGAGAUGGCUGGGCGUAUUGCAAGUCUAGAGCGCAGUCUUGCCGAAGCAACUACACGUAUGAAUCUGCAUUGUAACAGCUUCGAACCAAGCACGACUACGGAUGAGCAUGACUCACCCAACGACUUGCUAAUACAUAAGAGCUCGAGUAGCCAAUAUCUUGAUGAGAUAAUGGUAACCCGAUCUCUUGGUGAAGACAAAAGCAUUGCAUCCGCGAUUGUAACAUCACAGUACGAACAAAGAGAACUUCAAAGCUCCCCCUUUGAUACAAAGGGAAUCAUGUCCUCUCCCUGCUAUACCCAGAAUCCUUCUACAUUUCACCCUAGCAAAGCUAUUGCCAUCCAGCUUUGGAAUAUCUACCUGAACAACGUCGAGAUUAUCCUCGGACUGAAGUUGACACACAUUCCUACCGAUGAAAUCAGAGUUUACUCAACUAUAGAUGAUCCCAGUGCUGCAAAGUUCGAUGACCUUGCAUUUUGCUUUAGCAUCUACUUUGCAGCGGCUGUGUCACUUGAAGAGUCGACAUCGCUCUUGCUGGAUAAGAGCACCGACCUUCAGCGUUUCAAAAUGGGAAUCGAACAGGCCUUUGCUCAUGGAGACUUUUUCAAUCGGCCAACAUCGACUGGUUUACGAGCGGCAGCUAUAUACCUCGAUGGCACCAAGCUUGGGUUGCCACCCUUUGAGUCGGAGCUUCGUCGAAGACUUUGGUGGCAUAUCAUCACCAGGGAUAGCCGGUCCGGUGAAGACUUUGGUUUGGAGGACCCCAAUGACCUGCUAUUGACAUCAGAUGUCAAACUACCCUUGAAUAUCAAUGAUGCGGACAUCUUCUUUGAAAUGGAGGAGUUACCAGUGGAGCGGACCGAAUGGACCAGCAUGACCUUCUCAUUGAUCAAUUUCGACUUAGCUAAGGCCAUGGAAAGUCUCAAAGCCCGUAACCCCUCAACAUCGACGCUCAGAAAAGAAGGGAGGGACAAAAUACUUCAAGAAGUGCAUACUAGAGUCCAGACAAGGCUUGAGAAGUGCAACCCAAUAACGCCGCACGAACGACUUACAGUCCACUGCGCAAACUAUCUUCUACGAAAGCUCGACUUUGUCACAAACCAACAAUGGCUCUUAUUACAGAAGAGUGAAGUCAAUGACGGCGUACUAAAAGAAGAAACACUUGUCGCUGCGUUGGACAUCCUGGAAGCGAGGACAGCUGGCGAUGAUCCUUUUCUAGCGCAGUUCUCAUGGGCUAAGAAGGUUCAUCCGCAGUACCAUGUGACAUUGUAUGUUCUGUGGUAUUUGUGCACUAAGCCGCAAGGUCCACACGUCGAGCGCGCGUGGGUGGCUUUAGAUAGAAUCUUCGAACAGGAGAUGGCUUUUGACUUCAUUGGCUGUACUGGAGCUAAACCAGCUGUCUUGAAGGCGUUGAGGACAAAAGCCGAAACACUGAGGAAGAAUCUGGACGCACCAACUGCAAGGGCUGGAUGUAGCUUAGAACCUGCUACAUCGACUGAGCUAGAGCACAGUGAGGACCCUUUGAAAUUCAUUGACCACUUUAAUUUGGAGGAAGAAGUUUUUGAAGAUGGAGUUCCAUGGUCUUCAUGGACUUUGCUGCUCCAGGACCUUCAAGCGGAUCAAACGUUAUUUCAAUAA